GACUGCUGCCCCCCGCGACCCGGCCCCGGAUAAGCGGUAGAAGAUGGAUGGAUGGAUGAUUUGCAUCUACAUUAGUAUUAAAACACAGAUGUACCAUUGUUUGAUGCCUGGGGAUGUUUGGUCGUCCCCUAAUGAUUCCUGUGUGCAGUAUAAUUGCACAAAGAUAAAAAACAAGUUCAUCCCUGUGGAUUCCAAAAUACAGUGUCCAGUUUUCCGUCCUGAAGACUGCAUCCCUGGAACUGAGACGACUGAUGCAAAUGGCUGCUGUGUAUCAUGCAUUACAAGUAAUUGUGCUGUGAAGAAGAACACCACCUACCUCCAGGUUAAAGACUGCAGGUCUGUUGUACCAGUGGAGCUGGCAGCCUGUGGGGGAGCCUGUGGAACAUCUUCUAUGUACUCUGCAGUGAAAAUGGGCUUGAUGCACUCCUGCUCCUGCUGUCAGGAGUUGUCGACCAGUGUGAGGCAGGUGGAUAUGGUCUGCUCUAAGGGAAAGAAGACCUCUCAGUCCUAUACUUACAUUAAUAAGUGUGGCUGCAGUGUGACUGAGUGUGACGACAAGCACUAAUGUAUUUUAUUCAAUUUACAGUCUUUUAAAAAGAAUGUAAAAACAAGUUUUUAAGUAAAGAGACAGUCUGUGAUUCAAACACAACAGGGAUUUUCAAUUUGAAGAAAUGGUGAUACCAGUCACAGACUGACCCUUUUAACUGUAGGACAUAUUAAACACUUUCAUCUAAAGGAUUUGUCUAAACAUAUUAAACUACUUUAACUUCCAUCUCUACAUUAUUAUGAACAUUUUUUUCUGUUUUUCUAUGCAAACUUAUUAAACCUAUU